UCGGAAAUUCACACAUCGAGUAAAAUCAGUGUCAAUGGCUAAAUUUAAUGCAGAAGAAGUUAGUGCUCCUCAAGCUGGGGGGAAAUGAGAGAGCAAGGGAAAUUUACUUCAAAGAGUGGGAACCACAGCUUCAUUCUUUUCCAGAUAGAAGUAAUCAGAAUAAACUUCGGGAUUUUAUUAAGCGUGUCUAUGUGGAUAGAAAAUUUACUGGGGAGAGAAGUAUGGGCAGGCUUGCAAUGGUGAAAGGAGGUGACAGGGAGGACUCCUCUGAGUGGCAUUCUAUUGAAAGACCUGGUCCCGGAGGAAGGAUUGAGGACAGAAGUUUAAAAUAUUAUAUUAAUGAAAGAGGAAGUCCCCACCACAAACUAGACACUAUCAGAUCUUUAGGCCACAGGAAUCAUCCUGUUAACUUUGAGAUAGUUGAUGACAGGUUUCGAGAUGAUCGAUUUGGAAGUCGUAGGCAAUCUGAAAUCCAUAGGGUUUCCAAUGAACAGUCCAGGGCAAGGAGCGUGCCACCAGUUUCUCAAAAAGGCAGGCAGAAGAUCAGUCCGCCAGAAGUGCACCCUGUCUGGGAUACUUUGAGUGAGAAUGGUUCCUCUCUUCAGUCAUGUACGUCAUCACUUGUGUUGAAUGCUCAAGGUCCUUCAAGUGCUUCUGCCAAAGAAUUGUCUCAAGCUAGCUCCAAAGUGGCCCAAGAUAAUAACUCUGGUGCUGGGUCUCAAGCUCUUCAGGUGGAAGCAAAGCCUAGUGAGAGGAAGGAACUUCCAGCUGUAAUAACAAUUUUGUAUUGUACACUUUCUUUUAUUUUAUGGUAUAUUUGCCAAUGUUUUCUAAAUUAUAUGAAUUGAAUUCUCCAGUACCUCUUCACUUCAAGAUUUUCACCAUUCACUUGUACAAAAGAUGACACAUGCAGUUAUAUAUUCAUAAGUAACCCUG